GGCUGGGAGUUGCUGCAGACGCCAUUUCCUCAGCGCCCCCGCGGCGGCGCGGCUGCAUCAGCGCUGACGUGAGACCGACGUGCGGCUCCGCCCGGCCCAGUCCCCCCCACCCCCUGUGACGGGGGCAGCACGUACAGGGCGGCGGACAGAUGACCAUGGAAAUGGUUGAAUCACAACAGGAUGACAAUGUAGUGGCUUCUGUGUCAGAGAGAGGUGACAGUCACCUUCAGAAUCGGCCAGGCCAAAGUCAGUUUUCCUCAAGAUCUGAGGUUUAUGUAGGUGCAUCAAGUGCUGGAAGAGGAUGUCCAGCUGUAACUCUAGUGCAGUUGCGUUCUGAUCAAAUUGAGCAUGUCCAGGGUGUCAUUCAAGCCACACAGCCCUCAGUCAUUAAAUCACCACACUUACAAACUGCUCAGGUAGCAUCCAUUGCAGAUAAAUCUUCAGAAUCAGAAGGCAUAACUGAAUCUCAAAAACGUAGGGAAGUACUUGCAAGAAGGCCUUCAUAUCGAAAAAUUUUGAAUGAACUCUCAUCAGAUGCUCCUGCAGUACCAAAGAUUGAAGAAGAAAAGUCAGAAGAUGAAGGAGCGUCUUCUGGGAUUUCUGCAACGGGUGUGCUAAGCAGCCUGUACCAUGCUAAUGCAGGGCAAUACAUUACUUUAACUCAAAGCGGUGCAAUCCAGAUUUCUGCUCCAGCCUCUGAUGUUGUCCAUGGUCUACAGACAUUUACAAUGACAAAUUCGGGAGCUCCUCAGGCAGCUUCUGCCGUUGUGCAGUAUACAGGACAUUCAUCCGACAGCACACAACAGUUUUUUGUUUCUGGAAGCCAAGUUCUUGUUCAAGCUGCCACUGGAGACAUGCCAGCUUACCAGCUUCGAACUCCCACUACUGCCUUACCUCAGGGAGUGGUAAUGACAGCCUCACCAGGGACUUUGCAUAGCCCUCAGCAACUGGCAGAGGAGGCAACACGCAAGAGAGAGCUGAGACUUAUGAAAAAUAGGGAAGCUGCUAAAGAAUGUCGACGUCGGAAGAAAGAAUACAUAAAAUGUCUGGAGAGUCGUGUUGCAGUGCUAGAACUUCAGAACAAGAAACUUAUAGAGGAGCUUGAAACCCUAAAAGACAUUUGCUCUUCUGAAACAGAUUAGUAAAAAUAUUUAUUAUACUGUGAACUGACUAAAAUGUGUCCAGUUGCUUUCUAAGGCAAUACAUAGCCAACAUGAAUUACAACUUUCUGUUUGUGUCAUUGAUGUUAUAUUCCAACUCCUAACAUUCCUGAAAUGCUUUCCUGCUUUUUGUAAAUUCAUAGCUCUGAUUUCAGGUUUUUCACAUUCCUCUCUUCUGCUUCCCAAGGAGCCAAAUGUUAAAAAAAAUGUAUCAAACUAAAGAAGUGCAUAAUUUGUACAAGCUGUUUCUUUGCCAUAUAUUUACAUACUACUUUUUACGUGUUACUGAGUGUCCUGCACAUACAAAAUAUUUUACAAAAUUGUUUGAGAUGAAUCGUAAAGAUAAUGCAUCCAGUGAUAUAUAACAAAGUUAUACAUAAGAAAAUCAAGCCACCCAAGGUAUCUCAGGAAAGAGUUUAUAAAAGAAUGUUAUGAUUACAUGUAUGUACUAGCAUACUAGUCUACAGAGGACUUUAUGGCAUAUUUUUAUAUUAGUUGCUUUGUGGAAAAAAGUAUUGUAUUGCUGUCACUGAGUGCCAUGGUUAAAGAUAGUUUUUAAUAGAACCAUGUUGUUUAACA